CGGCGGCGCGCAGGCGCACAGCGCGCCCGCGCCUCCAACAUGGCUGAGGUGGUGCCGCUUCUCUUGCAGCGGGCGCGGAGGGGAGGAUGCUGAGCCUCCCGGGAGCCGCCGCCGCCGCCGCAGCAGGGGUGGUGAGGCCUGAGGCAGGCGUCUCUCAGCCAUGGCCAGGCUGGCCGACUAUUUCAUCGUGGUGGGCUAUGACCACGAGAAGACAGCAGGUCCAACAGAAGGUUUGGGAAAAAUAAUACAAAGAUUUCCUCAGAAGGACUGGGAAGACACUCCUUUUCCACAGGGAAUAGAGUUGUUUUGCCAGCCUGGAGGAUGGCAGCUUUCAAAAGAGAGAAAACAGCCAACAUUCUUUGUGGUGGUUUUGACUGAUAUAGACUCAGAGAGGCACUACUGUUCCUGCUUAACUUUCUACGAAGCAGAGAUUAACCUGCAGGGAAGAAAAGAAAUUGAAGGUGAAGAGGAGUCUGGUUUAAUUCCGCCUGCAGAAGUAUUUGCUCCUAAAAGUCUGGUGUUGGUGUCCAGGCUAGAUUAUCCAGAAAUUUUCAGGGCUUGCCUUGGCCUGAUCUAUACUGUGUAUGUGGACAGCCUGAACGUGUCACUGGAGACUCUCAUUGCAAAUCUGUGUUCGUGCCUUGUCCCCGCUUCUGGAGGGUCUCAGAAACUGUUUUCUUUGGGAGCUGGAGACCGACAACUGAUACAGACUCCUCUACAUGAUAGCCUUCCUGUUACGGGCACCAGUGUAGCUCUUCUCUUUCAGCAACUGGGAAUCCAAAAUGUACUCAGCUUAUUCUGUGCAGUGCUUACAGAAAAUAAAGUUCUCUUUCACUCUGCAAGUUUUCAGAGGCUCAGUGAUGCCUGUAGGGCUCUGGAGUCUUUGAUGUUUCCCCUCAAAUAUAGUUAUCCCUAUAUUCCAAUUCUUCCUGCACAGCUAUUGGAAGUUCUCAGCUCACCAACUCCUUUCAUAAUUGGCGUACAUUCUGUCUUUCGUAAUGACAUUCAUGAGCUUUUAGAUGUAAUCAUAGCAGACCUGGAUGGAGGCACAAUUAAAAUUCCUGAAUGUAUUCAUCUUUCCCAGCUGCCAGAGCCACUGCUACAUCAGACUCAAAUGGCGCUUUCUCUAGUAUUGCAUCCUGAUUUGGAAACGGCAGAUUAUGCAUUCCCUCCCCCACGAACAGCUUUAUCACAUUCAAAAAUGCUGGAUAAAGAAGUGCGAGCAAUCUUCCUUAGGCUAUUUGCACAACUUUUCCAAGGAUACCGGUCAUGUCUUCAGCUGAUCAGAAUUCAUGCUGAACCAGUAAUUCAUUUCCAUAAGGCAGCCUUCUUGGGUCAGCGAGGCUUAAUUGAGAAUGACUUUCUAACCAAGGUUCUCAAUGGAAUGGCAUUUGCUGGUUUUGUGUCAGAGAGGGGCCCUCCUUUCAGAGCAUGUGAUCUUUUUGAUGAGUUGGUAGCCUUUGAAGUCGAAAGAAUUAAAGCCGAAGAAGGUAACCCACCCAAAAUGAUAAAACAUGUUAGAGAACUUGCAGAACAGCUCUUCAAAAAUGAGAAUCCCAAUCCCCACAUAGCAUUCCAGAAAGUGCCACGGCCCACAGAAGGCUCCCACUUGCGGGUUCACAUCCUCCCUUUCCCCCGGAUCAAUGAGUGCCGGGUGCAGGAGCUCCUCCAGGAAGGCCUUGCAAGGAGUCAGGGUGCCCCCUCCGCCACCCGGGGGGACAAGAAGUGUGUCGUUCCAGCGGGUCCCCCUGUUGUUUCCAUAAUGGAAAAAGGAAGCACAGUUUUCAACAGUGCACAAAGGCUGGAAGUUGUUAGAAACUGCAUCUCAUUCAUUUUUGAAAACAAAUUUUUGGAGACUGAAAAGACCCUGCCUGCAGCUCUGAGAGCCCUAAAAGGAAAGGCAGCUCGGCACUGCCUGACACAGGAAUUAGGCUUGCAUGUUAAACAAAAUCGAGCAAUACUGGACCAUCAGCAGUUUGACUACAUUGUGCGAAUGAUGAACUGUGCUUUGCAGACCUUAUCUCCUCAACUUGCCUACAAGGAUACCAAAGGAGCCUGUGUCAAAACCCCUGUUAAAGCCAAGGAUUGUUCAUCUUCAGAAGAAUAUAGCAUUGCUGCAGCGUUGCUACCACUGACAACUGCUUUUUAUAGGAAAUUAGCACCUGGAGUUAGUCAGUUUGCUUACACCUGUGUGCAAGACCAUCCUAUCUGGACUAACCAACAGUUUUGGGAAACAACCUUCUAUAGCAAUGUGCAAAAUCAAGUUCGCUCCCUCUAUCUUACAGCCAAGGAUGACAACCAUGUAGUACAGUUGAGACAAAAGGAGAAAAAUUCUGUAGGUCUAGACCAGGAUAAGACAGCAAUGGACCUCGCUGCUGAGCAGUUGAGAUUAUGGCCAACUCUUAAUAAACAAAUGCAGCAGGAGCUAGUCCAGAAUGAGGAAAGCACAGUUUUCAGUCAGGCAAUUCAUUUUGCUAACCUCAUGGUCUACCUGCUAGUACCACUGGAUACAAGUAAGAACAAGUUAUUAAGAACAUCGGCUACUGGUGACUGGGAGAGUGGAAGCAACAGUAUUGUCACAAACAGUAUUGCAGGCAGUGUUGCAGAGAGUUAUGACACAGAAAGUGGAUUUGAGGACUCUGAGAACAAUGAUGUUGCAAACGCAGUUGUACGCUUCAUUACCAGAUUUAUUGACAAGGUUUGCACAGAGAGUGGAGUUACACAGGAUCACAUCAAGGGUCUUCAUUGCAUGAUACCAGGCAUUGUAGCAAUGCACAUAGAGACAUUGGAGGCUGUCCAUCGUGAGAGUAGGCGGCUUCCACCAAUACAGAAGCCCAAAAUUCUACGGCCAACUUUACUGCCAGGAGAAGAAUUUGUUUGUGAAGGUCUCCGUGUGCUACUGGAUCCUGAUGGCAGAGAGGAAGCUACAGGAGGACUGCUUGGAGGUCCUCACAUCCUCCCUGCUGAAGGAGCUUUGUUCCUUACCACUUACAGAAUUAUAUUUAAAGGCACUCCUCAUGAUCAACUGGUUGGAGAGCAGACGGUGAUCCGGAGCUUUCCUAUUGCAUCUGUUACAAAGGAGAAGAAGAUCACUAUACAGAACCAGCUGCAGCAGAGUAUGCAGGAAGGACUGCAGAUCACUUCAGCUACCUUUCAGUUAAUUAAAGUAGCAUUUGAUGAAGAAGUAAGUCCUGAAGUGGUGGAAAUAUUUAAGAAACAGUUAAUGAAGUUCCGUUAUCCUCAAUCUAUCUUCAGCACUUUUGCAUUUGCUGCUGGGCAAACAGCACCACAGAUAAUUUUACCAAAACAAAAAGAAAAGAACACUUCAUUCCGUACCUUCUCAAAAAGCAUUGUGAAAGGAGCAAAACGUGCUGGGAAGAUGACAAUUGGACGUCAAUAUUUAUUAAAGAAGAAGACAAGCACAAUAGUGGAAGAAAGAGGGAAUCGCCCAGGCUGGAAUGAAGACGAUGAUAUCUCUGUUUCAGAUGACAGCGAGCUGCACACAAGUGGUACCCUAAAAGCAUCAGAAAAAUCAACAAUGGAGCAAUUAGUAGAAAGAGCCUGUUUCAGAGACUAUCAACGUCUGGGACUGGGGACCAUCAGUAGUAACUCUUCUCGCUCAAAAACAGAAUACUUAAGAAUAACUGCACUGAACAGGAUGUAUUCACUUUGCAGGAGUUAUCCUGGGCUUCUGGUGAUACCUCAGUCUGUUCAAGACAGCAGUCUGCAGAGAGUUGCUCGCUGUUACCGUCACAAUCGCCUACCAGUUGUGUGUUGGAAGAACACUAAAAACAGUACUCUUCUACUUAGAUCUGGGGGCUUUCAUGGAAAAGGUGUUGUCGGCCUUUUCAAAUCCCAGAACACACAUACUACAGCUCCUGCUUCUUUAGAAUCUUCAAGCAGUAUAGAACAGGAAAAAUACCUACAAGCCUUACUGAAUGUGAUAUCCGUCCACUGCAAAAUGAAUGGAAGUAAUACUCUUACUGUUAGACCAACAAUUGCGCUGUCUCCAGGCACUGAAAGGAGGGCUUCAAGAAUGUCUACUGUGUUUAAACAGGUAGUGCCAGGACAUUUGGAUGUAAAUCUAUCCAAUAGCUUUGCUCGAGGAGUGCUUGGGUACAGAGAUAAAUGUUUCACUCAUUCAAAUUCCAAAUCAGCAACUAAGGGAAGAGUCCAUCAAGGUGUAUGGGCAAGUCUUCGUUCAAGCAACCGGUUUAUCAACACUCAGACUCCGUUCAUUGAUGUUGGUGCAAGACUUGCAGGGAAAGAUAACACCACUUCGUACAGUAGCAGCGCUUUUCUGCAAAGUCAGCUUUUGAGACGGCAAGCAGCCCUCUAUAUAUUUGGAGAAAAAUCUCAGUUACGGGGAUUCAAACUUGAUUUUGCUUUGAAUUGUGAAUUUGUUCCUGUUGAAUUCAGUGACAUCCGACAGACAAAAGCAAGCUUUAAAAAGCUGAUGAGAGCUUGUGUUCCCAGCACUAUUCCUACAGAUUCUGAGGCAACAUUCCUCAAAGCACUUGGGGAGUCAGAAUGGUUCCCACAGCUUCACAGAAUAAUGCAAUUGGGUGUGAUCAUCUCUGAGCUCCUGGAAAAUGGUUCUUCUGUUAUGGUUUGCUUGGAAGAUGGCUGGGAUAUUACUGCACAAGUAGUAUCUCUGGUGCAGUUACUCAGUGAUCCCUUCUAUAGGACACUUGAAGGCUUCCGAAUGCUGGUGGAAAAAGAAUGGCUCUCUUUUGGUCAUAAAUUCAGUCAGCGUAGUAAUCUGACUCUCAAUUGUCAGGGUAGCGGAUUUGCUCCUGUUUUCUUACAGUUCUUAGACUGUGUGCAUCAGAUUCAUAACCAAUACCCAACAGAGUUUGAGUUCAAUCAAUAUUAUCUGAAGUUUCUGGCUUUUCAUCACAUAUCAAAUCGAUUUAAAACAUUUCUUCUGGAUUCAGACUAUGAAAGACUAGAACAUGGGACAUUGUUUGAAGAUAAAGGAGAUAAACAUGCCAAAAAAGGAAUUUGUAUUUGGGAAUGUAUUGAAAAGAUGCACAAAAGGAGCCCUGUUUUCUUCAAUUACCUCUAUGCCCCUGCUGAAAUACAGGCACUGAAACCAAAUGUAAAUAUGUCCAGCCUCAAAAAGUGGGAUUAUUAUGUAGAAGAGAUUUUGGCUACAGGCCCUUCCUAUGAUUGGACCAUGGUAACUGCAAAAUGCAGUGUUUCAGAGGAAACUGACCAAACGGAUGGUUCACUCUCUCAGACUAAGAGGAAAAUAGUAUGGCCAUGUUAUGAUGACGUUAAAAAAAUACAACCUGAUGCCAUCAGCAGCCUUUUAAAUGAAAUUGAAAGGUUGGAAAGUAAAUUAAAUCAGAGCCCAGAAAGGUGGCAGCUUUUGUGGGAAAAGGUCAAAAUGAAUCUAAAGGAUGACACCAGACAAGACAAUCUCCAGAGACAUCCUUCUGGCUCCUCAGGGAUGAUAUCAGCUAAUCUACAGUCCUAUCAAAAGAGGUCUUUGUUGGAAAUACCUGACAGUGGGCUGGGUGAGGAGCAGAGUGCAAGCAUCUCACCCUCUAAUGGAGUAGACAGAAGAACAACUACGCUAUACAAUCAUUUCACAUCAAAAAAUGAUGAAAAUAGAUCUUUCGAAGGUACGCUAUACAAAAGAGGAGCCUUACUAAAAGGUUGGAAACCUCGCUGGUUUGUGCUGGAUGUGACAAAACACCAGCUGCGAUACUAUGAUUCUGGUGAGGAUACAAGCUGUAAGGGACACAUAGACCUUGCAGAAGUAGAAACUGUGAUUCCUGCUUCUCCAACAAUUGGAGCCCCAAAACAUGCAAGUGAAAAAGCAUUUUUUGAUUUGAAGACAAAUAAACGUGUAUAUAAUUUUUGUGCCCAAGAUGCACAGAGUGCUCAACAAUGGAUGGACAGGAUCCAGAGUUGCAUUUCAGAUGCUUAGAAAGGAAAAACAUUCCAUGAUAAAGACACAUUUAAAGCACCUCUUCCUAUAAGAAGCUAAGUUCUGAGAUGUUACUGGCCCGCAACUAGCCUUCCUUACAGUUCAGCCGUAAAAGUUCAUAAUAUGCUAAAGUUCCUUUUCUGUUUAAUAAUUAUAACCACUGUAACUGCUAUUUUUUUUCUGCAGGGAGGGCUUUGAAAAAUAAUAAUACAUUUACCCUGAAUUUCCUCUCUUCAGUACAAUUCCUUGCUAUAAAAGUGGGCUGUAUUUGUACUAUCAUCUAAUCCCGGUUUGCUCAUUUCAGAGCUAUUCUGUUCGGAAACCUGUCCGAAGGAAAUUAUAGACAUUUUCCCUCCAACAGGAAGUGUAUUUUCACUUUAUUUGUAUUUUUUAACAGAAUGUUCUUAUUUCCAAGCUAGUCAUGAAUAACAGGGAACAUGUCUACAAUUCCUAAAAAUAAUGUUUGAGUCCAGUGACAUAUAUAUCAGGUUUCCAGUGUUUAUAGGCAGUUGAUAUUUUUAAAGACCAAAAAGUGAAAUUGCCUGAUACCAGACUUCCAUGUGUCUUCUCAGCGUGCAAGUCAUUCUCUAAUCUUGUGCUCUACUGAGUGCUUCUGCAAUGUUGUUAUGAAAUUUCAAAUUCUAGGGAUUAUCUGAAGAUCAUAGCACUUUUAUUUUAGAUUCUGUUUGCAGUUACAAUGGGAUAAAUGAAGGAAAACUGGCUGACACUAUCUAGGAGAAAUGGGAAACAACAAACUAAGAAUUCAGUAGAAGGAAGAUCUCUUAUGUGUGAGUUGUAUAUGUUAAUUUAUAUGCUGUUCUGCUCACUGUAAAAUAAAAAAUAACAAACAUGAUAAUGCACUAAACAAUGAAGCAAGCACUUGCACUGAAAUCUUUAAAAUGCAGACAUUUUGCAGGACAGAGAUAAGUUAUUUAUAGCGGAACAAUACUAGCUAGUUAACAACAUUUACAGAUAUUAAAUAUGUACAUAAUCAGGUUUGAUGUGUCGUGAUUUGAUACUUUUUAAACAUUUUUUGCACAUGAAUUGGAAGACUGUUUAUAGAUUUUUACAUUUGAUAAAAUUGUGUUUGUUCAGCUUAAAAUCCUGGUGAAACAUUUUUAAUAGCCCCAAAUUAGUAGAAAUUUUACAGUCUACAAAUAUUGAUGACAUUGAGUAGAAUAUGUAGGUAAUUAAGCCAUUGUUUUUAUUUUGAAAUGUUAAUAUGUUAAAUAGCUCACUAAUAUUACAAAAAGUUUGUAUAUAUGAUUCACUAUUUUCUCAUUUUUCCAGAUGUUCUGCUUGUAAUUUAAUGUCAGCCUAACCAAACUGACUAUACUUACAAGAUUUUUCAGUUAUUAAAUUGUUUGUGGUUUUUUUAUAACUAAUGUAUUUUGUCAGAAAGGAACAUAAAUUUCUCACCACACACAAUAGGAAAUGCAGCUGUUUUUAAUGCAUUUGCAAUUUCAAAACAAAAAUAUGAAGGAUUUUUCUAGCAUUUUUCAAUUGACAAUUUUCCACCUGUGACAAUGGUGUUUGCACAUUUGUAUUUUUCUUUGUAUAUCAAGUACUUUUAUAUGUACUUUGUAAAAUACUGAUCCAGUUCUUAGGUUAUAUGAAAAUAUACAUACCACUGCUUAUUUUGUAACUAGUUAAUUUUAACUCUUUUAUGUUAUGUGAUAUAUGUAUGCUAACCAUCUUGUAAUAAAUACACUUCUUAAGGAAAAGUAAAACCUUUCCUUUUACUGUAAAAGAGAAAAAAGCAAGACCCACAUGUUGAAAUAUUCCCACAGGCACAAGACAAAUCCUUAUUUACUCUGUAUUAAGAAUAGUGUGUGUAUUAAAAACUAUGUGGUCUUUUGUAUAGUUGUAAAUAUUCUUACAUAGAAGUUGCACUUGAGCAUCCUUAACUCAAACUCCUGUCAACAGUAACACUAAAAACUAAAGAAAUCAGAAUUUAAAGCAGAAUUAUCAUUCUAACAAGUCUUAAUGUAUAGCCUUUACUAAAAGGCUAAAUACAAAUAAUGUUUAUACUAAGUCAAUGUAUAAUAAUGUUAAUAUUUUUUUAAAAAAAAUCCUAUGUGGUAUCACAACAUAAAUCAGUUGCAUACUUUCACCCUGAAACAUAUCUCACUCAUUUAUAUCACCUUAUGCAAAAAUUAUCUAGUUCAUAAGAAAUAAAAUACAAAAAAUGUCAAGGUCUUACUUGACAAUGUUGCAUCUAAAUUGAAUAACUGAGUGUAGUGUGGGAUGGCAGAGUUAAAAUGGAAAGAGAAUGUGUGACGGAGGUAGGGGACCUGUGACAAUUCUUGGAUGCUGUGGCGCUUAGAUGAAAGGUUUGCAUACUGAGCUUGGCAUGGAUGCUAAUGUUGCCUUAAAUGUUGAUUUCCAUUUUUAGUGUCUGUAUUGAUGGAAAAUGGACUUGAGCAACUUAACUUUAAAAUAUCCAAAUAAAAGUUGAAAUGAGAUAUAAGAUA